ACAUUUUUACUUUUCUAUCAAAACCAUUAUAUAUAUACAAGCUAUCAGCAAGAAACCUCAAAUAUAUCAGAUUCAUCAUCAAGAAAAUGGAACUCCAAUUCCCCUUCAACUUCACUAAUUUCCUCCUCCUUCUAUCCUUCAUCUUCUUCUUGCACAAGGGAUGGAAGAAAUUCAGCACCAGAAGCCGAAAAUUGCCUCCAGGUCCAUGGAAAUUACCUGUAAUUGGCCAUCUUCAUCACAUAGGAACACUUCCACAUCGUUCUUUCCAAGAGUUGGCCAAGAAAUAUGGACCCCUUAUGCAUUUCAAGCUUGGAGAAGUUACGGCAGUCGUCGUCUCAUCGCCUACGCUAUCCAAAGAAGUACUUAAAGUGCAUGAUCCCACGUUUGCGGACAGGCCGGAGAAUAUAGCAGGGGAAAUCCUGUGGUACAAUUCCUCCAACAUCUCCUUUAGCCAAUACGGUGAUUAUUGGAGACAAAUGCGGAAAAUCUGCAUUCUUGAACUUCUAAGCGCCAAGAAUGUCAAAUCGUUUGGCUCGAUCAGGAACGAUGAGGUGUCGCAUCUUGUUGAUUCCAUAGGGGCGUCUUCGGGGGCUCCGGUUGAUCUGACUGAAAAGAUCUUCAUGUUGACAAGUUCAAUAACAUGCAGAGCAGCAUUUGGCAAAGUGUGCAGAGAUAAGGACCAGCUGAUAGAAAUGUUCAAGGAAGGGAUAACAUUAGUGAGUGGAUUUGAUGUGUCUGAUCUUUAUCCCUCAUCGAAAAUUCUGAGGGCCAUAAGCUGCAACAGGCGCAAAUUGCUCAGGAUGAGACGGAAGCUUGAUCUGAUUCUUGAUGACAUUAUAGGGGAGCACAGACGUAACUUGGCCAAGAUAGCUGCCGACAAAGAUAAUUUGGAGAGAAGGGGCAAUGGAGAGUUUGGCAAUGAAGACUUAGUCGAUGUCCUGCUAAGAGUUCAGCAAAGCGGAGAACUUGAAUUCCCCAUCACUGAUGACAACAUCAAAGCUGUUAUUUAUGACAUAUUUGCAGCCGGAACUGAAACAUCAUCAACGACAGUAGACUGGAUCAUGGCAGAGCUCAUAAGAAACCCCCACGUGAUGGGCAAAGUACAGAACGAAAUCAGGCAAACAUUCAAAGGAAACAAAACGAUUGAGGACGCCGAUGUUCAGAACCUGAAGUACCUAAAGUUAGUAAUCAAGGAAGGGCUAAGACUACACGCUCCAAUCCCAUUAAUCCCAAGAGUUUCUCGAGAGGACACUGAAAUCGCAGGCUAUCUCAUCCCUGCAAGAGCAAAAGUCCUGGUGAACGCCUGGGGAAUGGGAAGAGACCCCGAGAUUUGGUCUAAUCCCGAAAGCUUCGAGCCAGAAAGAUUCGACAACAAUUCAACAGAUUUCACAGGGAAUCACUUUGAAUAUAUACCAUUUGGUGCUGGAAGAAGAAUGUGCCCUGGAAUGACGUUUGGUUUAGCAAGCGUUGAGCUGCCUCUGGCCCAUCUUCUUUACAAUUUUGACUGGAAAUUGCCCGACGGGAUGAGCCCCAACGAUCUGGACAUGGUUGAGCGCCCAGCGAUUACAGCAGCCAGAAGACAGAACCUGGAAUUGGUAGCCACCCGAUAUCAUGGACUAUCUAAAUAGACAGGGGAUGUCAAUAAAGAUGUUGGUGAAGAUUAGCUAGCUCUACGACUCUUUCCUAGGAACUAUUAUUAUUGCAUGUGGAGUACUAUUCUAGUACUUUGUAUCGGUCGGAUUAGACAAAUGUUUCACUUUCUUGUACAUUUUGUUUGAACUUGAUAGUCCUUAUGUGUAUUUUGAUCUUGUUGGUUACGAGGUUGUAGCCAGAUUGCGUUGUGGUUUAGAUUGUCUCUGUUUUCUUCUUCAUUAACUCAGUGCUUCAACUCCUAA